UCUAUGAAUGUCAGUGAUCAUGAACAGUUUGAAAUUACAGGUGUUACUGUCUGGGUAGAUGAUGAUCUCGGUAUCUGUGGUUGUGAUGAGACUCUCAAGGGUACAUGUAGCUCCAGUAGUACUGUACAGAUAAACAAAGACGUUGAACAUGAUGUAGAAAUCAUCCAGACUAAUCAACCUGUCAAUUUAAAGUUUGUUCCAUUGGUUUAUGACCAUAAGAUUGUAUUGUGUGAGAAAUUUGGUAUUACAAAACUUUGUCUAGAUAGACAUGAAAUCUCCAAGAUAUGUGAAAAAUUGAGUAAGCCUGACUCUGUAAAAACAAUUCAAGGUGAUGGUAACUGUUUCUACAGAGCUAUUAGUUAUGCUAUAUCAGGGACUGAGGACAAUCACAUGCAACUUAGAUUAGCAAUUGUUCAUCACUUGCUGGAAAAUGCUGCUCAGUUUAGGUGCUGUUUACGCGAAGGUUACAGAACAGUGCAAGAGUAUGUCACAAAUGCAAGAUUGUGUAAUAAUGGUACAUGGGCUACCGAGGUAGAAAUCAUUGUAACAGCACACAUGUUGGAUGUUGGUAUUUACACGUAUGAUGAUGCUAAUAGAUGUAAGUGGUAUUUGUUUUCAAGUAGUUAUGCAUGUCCAGGCCGUGCUUCUGAUAGUUCUGUGAAAUCAGGAAUUUAUUUGCACCACAAGAAUCAAAUACAUUAUGAUUUAGUGACAAGUGUAUGUGAGUUGAGAAGGGAGCUACCGAUAGACAGCACUCAGAAACAUGAUGAAAAUACAUCCAAAACACGAGUAUUGAAAAGAUCAAAGAGACGCAAACGUGUUAAUGUAAAGAAGAGGCAGAAAACUAACCGAGAAAAACAAAGGGAAAGAUAUCAGAGAAAGAAAGAUAAAGAAAAUAAAAACGAUGGUGUUAAUGUCAGAGAGAAAAAAAAAAGGGCAAAGAAAGAAAAAUAUCAUAGUUGUGUGCAAUACAGACAAGGUGCUAUUGAGUAUGGCAAAAAGAGAUACAAAGAAAAUGUGAAAAGCAUUACUGGGGUCGUAAGGAAAAGAUACCAUGAGAAUGCUGAUUAUAGGAAUAACAAAAUUGGCAAUGCAAAAAUGAAGUAUGACAGAGAUGAAGAACAUAGGCAAAGAAAAAAGCAAUGUACAAUGACGAACUAUCAUAAAAAUAUAGAGUAUAGACAACAAAAGAUUAAUAAUGCCAAAACAAGAUAUGAGGAUGCAGUACAUAGGCAAGAAAAGAUCAAUUUUGCUAAAGCUAAAUAUCAUGAGAAUGAAGAACAUAGGCAAAGAAAGGUGAAGAGUGCCAAAACGAAGUAUCAUGAGAAUGAAGGACAUAGGCAAAGAAAGGUGAAGAGUGCAAAAACAAAGUAUCAUGAGAAUGAAGAACAUAGGCAAAGAAAGAUGACUAGUGCCAAAAAAUACACUAAGAAAAAAUACCAUAGUGAUUUAUCAUAUAGAAAUGCUCUUGUUAAAUCGAUUAAAAAAAAGUAUUCUUUGAACAAAUUUUAUAGGAUGAAAUUGAUAAAUUUUCAGAAAGCAAAGUACCACACGGAUAGGUGUUAUCGUCAAAAUAUGAAGCAAAGAAAUGAUGAACGAGAAAAAAGAAAGAGAGCAAGUCAAUGUAUUAUGAACAAUGUAAUGAGAAAUUGGAGGCAAGAUGUAUCAUCCGGACCUGAAUAUAUAUGUGCAGUUUGCCAUAAACUCCUUUUUCGAAAACAAGUUGUUAAGUGUUAUCAAAAGAAGUACAAAUGUGUCUAUUGCAUAUGUGGUAAAUUUGUGCAUACAUGUCGAGACAAUGGAAAUUGUGGUGAUAAGUGUAAAGUGUCAGAAUCAAGUAGAUCAUGUUUGUGGAUUUGCUAUACAUGUCACAGGAAAUUGCUUCAGAACAGGAUACCAGCAGAAGCUUGUGCAAACAAUUUGGCAUUGGAAGAUAUCCCAGAGGAAUUGAGUUGUUUAAAUAUAUUGGAGGAGCAUCUGAUUGCAAUUAAUGUGGCAUUUAUGAAGAUGAUGGCUUUACCCAGAGGUGGUCAGAAUGCAGUGCAUGGCCCAGUUGUAUGUGUACCAUCAAAUAUUUCAGAAACAGUAACAUCAUUACCUAGAUGUGGAAAUAACAAUCAGUUAAUCAAAGUUAAGUUGAAGAGAAAAUUGUCAUUCAAAGGAUAUUACCAGUAUCAAUAUGUCAGCAGAGAACAUGUUGAGCGUGCACUAUAUUAUCUAAAGGAGCAUAAUGUAUGGUAUAAUGAAAUUGAGAUAAACUGUGAGUGGGACAAUCCCUUGGAAGAUGAAAGUGAAAAGCAAGAAGAGCAUGAAUCCGAUAACUCGAGUGAGAAUGAUGAAGACACAGAUGUAGACACAGAUGUAGACACAGAUGAAGAACGGUUGACGGGUAUUACUUACGAUACAUGUUUGCAGCCAGUGAACAUUGCUCAAGAUGCCCUGGAUCAAGAUUUUGAUGGUGUCAUGUGUGUUGCUCCUUGUGAACGAAAUAGCCCAGUCAGA